AUGGAGAAAUUGUAUGCUAAGCUCAAUAAGAGUGAAUUCUGGCUUCCAAGCAUGGCUUUUCUUGGGCAUAUUGUUUCCAAAUACGGGGUGGCAGUUGAUCCUUGUAAAAUUGAGGUUGUGCUUAAAUGGGAAAGACCAAUGAAUGUACCUGAAGUCCACAGUUUCCUAGGACUGACCACGUAUUACAUGCGUUUUGUUGAAGGAUAUUUUAAGAUAAAACUUCACCUCACUCGCUUAACCCAAAAGGAAGUGAAGUUUGUGUGGUCAGAUAUUUGCGAGAAAUGUUUUCAGGAGUUAAAAAAGAGAUUAACUACAGCCUCGGUACUGACUUUGCAUGAGGGGAAUGAAGAUUUUGUGGUUUUUACUGAUGACUCACAUGUGAAGGGGAAAGGUCAUAGCAUAUGCCUCCAGGCUGUUAAAGCUAUAUGA